GCCGGGGCCCCCUGGCGCCUUGUGAGGCCGCUCUCUCUCGGCGGCAGGGCGGCUAGUUCAAGUUGCCAUAGCGGCGUAGGGCGGGUAGGGCGCUGGCUGAGUGCCGAACAGUUGGAGCUGGAGGCGUCCAGGAGGCAUGUCUCGGUACUGAGAACUUCCUUCAGAUACCCAUGGCAGAUUCAUCCAGUGACUCUGAUCACAUCCGUCGUAGAACUGGAAGACGGGGUCCUGUUAGAGCAACCAGAAUCCAUAAUCAUGGUGCUGAAGACGUUACAGAGAAGAUCCAUACUUUAGCAAGCACUUUACAGGAUACCAAUAGGAAUCUGAGACAUGUGGACCAGAUGCUGGGUCAAUAUCGAGAGUACAACAAUGAGCAGGCAGAAGCAAUUGCAAAUCUUAAAGAAACACUGGAACAAUCCAUAGGCCAGUUAAGAAGCCAACGUCGAUUGAGAAGUUCAGGAGUAAGAAGUGCAUCUCUUUCAAGUUUAUAUGCAAGUGACCUAGAUGGUGGAGCCCCAGAAGGCCAUCAUUUCCAGCCUACCUCUCCCCUCAAGGAUUAUGGUGAGACAGUUGGUGCUAGACAUCGACGGUCUAGGUCUGCUGUCCGAUUUGUUGACCAGGGAGCUAAUCUGGGUCAGCUGCACUCGUUGCACCAGUCGCUCAGAGAUCUCAGCAGUGAACAAAUCCGUUUGGAAGAUGAUCUCAGCAGAGAGCUUUCAAGAAGAAAUCGAACUGAUGCAGAAACGAAAAGGAGGUUGGAAGAUUUAACUAACAGACUCAAUGAAUCCCAAAGACAAGAAACAGUGUCAGAACGGGUUGAGAGGAGACUGGAGGAGAUAGAACGAGAAAUCCGCUCAGAAAGACAGCUGGUGGAAAGACGCCAGGAUCAACUGGGACACAUGUCUGUGCAUCUCCAGGAGGCUUUAAAGCAACAAGAUGCUAAUGCUAAUGAAGUGGAAAUUGUCUUGAAAAAUAAAAUCUUGAAAAUGGAGGGUGAAAAAAGCAAACUUGCACAGGAUUUGGAGUGCUCCCGGAGGAAAUUGGAUCAGUCAGAAAAUAGUCGAGAAGCUCUUCUCCACCAGAUUGAGGAUCUCCGUUCCCAACUCCUUAGAGCAGAAGAGGAGCGUCAGAAUCUGCAGCAUCACAUUUCUCAGAUUGCCAUACAUCACCAGAGCCAUACCGAUGAGCAAGAGGAUGACAGGAGGAAGCGAAGAGUGCUUGACAGGUCUGAUCCAGAGAAACAAGAGAUGGAGAAACAGAUCUGGGAACUGAAAGCCAAGUUAAAUCACAGUGCAGUGAUGUCAGAGAUAGAGGAGUUAAAGCGAUGCAUAGAGCACAAGGACAAAGAGAGAGCACAGCUUGGAAUGCAGAUAGAGGUUUUAACAUCUGACUUGGAAAUGAGGGAGACCCAGCAACAAAGGAUGCUGAACCAGCUGAAGGAGAUACAGAGUAACUACAAGGUGUGUGAAAAUGAGUGCAGAGCUGCAGAACUCCGGGUUACUGAGCUGGCUCAGCAACUGGAAAAUUCGACAAAGGAAGCUGAGAGCUACCUAGCUGAAUUCAGACAAUCUGAAGUACUCCGACUAGAGAAUGAGAAAAAGAAAGAAGAAUUAAAGCUGAAGGCACAGGAAUCUAUUAGACACUGGAAGCUAAAGUGUAGGAAACUGGAACAUGAAAUAGAGAAACAGACUGAACUUCAGAACCAAUUGAUGGAGAAGAACAAUUUGCUUCUUAAAGAAAAGGAUGACUUGAAGAGUCAGCUUCUUUCAGCCAUGCACCAGAUGGAAAAUCUACAGAAGGAGCUGACUGAUGUUCUUGAGAAGAGGGCCAAACAAGAAGAGGAGCUGCAUUGUAGAGAAAUGAAGUUAAAUGAAACUAGAUCACUACAGAUGGCCCUCGAACAAGAGAUUAGAGCAGUCAGAGAAACUGUGGACAAAUUAGAGAGUGAACUACAAAAACAGAGCCUAAUACAAAGCCAAAUAAGAACUGAUAAACAGCGUUUAGAGGAGGAGCUUACAACAAGUAACAUGAUCCAUGAAAAGGACCAGGCAAGACUGCUAGAGAUGCAAUCAGUUAUUAAAAACCUGAGUGCUGCCCGGGCUGAACUAACCAACCAACUGGCAGAGGAAGAGAAAUCCAAAAAGGAGAUGCAUAAGACCCUGACAAAACUCCAGAAGGAACAGGAAUCUAGUCAGGAGGAGAUGGCUACAACCAGCAAGCAGCUCAAGUUGGAGCGAGAUGUCCACCAACAGGAGCUGGCAGAGCUUCAGUCAGAAUUACAACGAGUGAGAGCCAAACACGACCAACGUGUCCAAGAGAUGAUGAAAUUGUUUAGCCAAGAAAAAGAGGAAGCAACUGAGCACAUUGCAAUGUUGAAGGCUGAACUGGUAGAAGAAAGAAAUUUAAUGAAAGCUCACCGUCGGCAGGUAGAAAAGAUGAAAAUUGAAUGUGAUAAGCUCACAGAAGAGCUAACUCACAAAGAAGAAGAAUAUGUUAAAUAUAGGCGAAAAUACCAACUGAUGAAACAGGAACUGGAUGAAAAGAACAAAAGGAUAAGUAGUGAAGAUGACCACCUAAGGAGGAUAGAAGAAGUCAGAUUACAGCUUCAUGAUCAACUACAGUGUCUUCAAAAUGAACAGGAAUCCAUCCUUUCUAUGAUAGGAAAUGAAAUUGAUGCAGCUUGUGAAGUCCUUUCGAGGGAUUCAGUGGAAAAAUUCACACCAAUUUCAGUUACACCUGGUAUACAGAAUGACCCUCAUCGCUGGUUAGCAGAAACAAAGACUAAACUGCGAUGGUUGAGUGAAGAAGUGAAGGAGAGAGGGGCUAAGGAAAAGAAGCUCCGGCAUCACCUGUUGCAGAGCCGGGAGCAACUGAAGCAGCUAACCUUGAGCAAAGAGAAUGAGCACCAAAAUCUCAUGGAUCGAAUAGAAAAGCUGGAGCAACACCUUGAUGAUGUUUACCAAGAGAAGAAAGAUCUGCUGGAGAAGACUCUCAGGAAGGAGGAGGAAAUAGGUGCUUUACAGGAGCGGAUAACAGCACUGGAAACAGUUAGGUAUAGUAUAAAGCCACACAGGAGGAAAGGCAUCUAUUGGGAGAGUACUCGAGUGGCCUUGGAACAUCUGGAGUCUGUUCCUGAGAAACUGAAUCUUUUAGAAGAUUUCAGAGACUUUGGAGAUUCUUAUAAGCGGACAGAAGUUAUGGAAGAGAGAUCCAGUAAAUACAAGGAAAUUUUGGGCUCUUUACAACAGCACCUGGAAGAUUCAAAGCGCAGACUUGAAGAUUUCAGAGAUAAGAAAACCGGUGCUGAUAUUUCUGCUAUACAGAGUGCAUCUUCCAACUGGAGAAGCAACACCAGCUUUAUGUCCAGUUCCUUGCUUUCCAAUUCAGGAUCACUUACGAAAAGUACUUCUCAUUUGGAUUUAAAUGCAACUAGAAAAGGUGCCAUCAGCAUGACUAUCAAUGGGAUGAAGCUACAGACAGAAGAUAAAUAUUAAAGAAAUGAAGGAAAGUGCAAUUUCAUGGUGAGACAUUCAGCUCUACACCAAUUUUUUGGCACUGACUGUAGUCAAAUCCAACUGUAUUUACAAAAGCAGUGAAGAUUCCUUGGUACAAUUGAUGCCAAAUAUUGAUUGAAAACAGCAUCCCAAUUGCAUAUCUAAAGUGAGGCAAAUUAAACCUGAAGAUGACCAUACGCUGUGAAAAACCAAAGCAUCUUGUGGCAUGAAGCAUGAUCCCUUUUGCUUUAUUUCUGACAGUUUUCAACAAACCGUUCAUUCCUUUUGUGGAUGUUUUAACUUCCAAGAUGUGGUAAAAUUUUGGUUGAACGAUGAUAUAGGUAAAAUAUAAGAACACUUUUAAUAAUCAGGAACUGGUUAAUAGGAGCUGUUUUAUUUGUGUGUAAAUAAGAUGUUUUAUAACAUAGUAUAAAGAUGUGUAUGCAUAAUAGCAUUUUACAACAAAAGGUGCCUCAAACAAAUUAUGCAAUGAUUACAUUAUUGUGCUUAAUAAUAGAAAUUGUUUAUAUCUGAAACAAUGACCUGAAUUUCCUCCACUUUGGAGGAAGCUAAGAUUACAAUCCAUGUUUCAUUCUGUUUGGGACUACUCUUGUUUGUUGACUUAAGUGCAGCCUGAUCCACACAAUCCAAUCCAAAUGUCUCUCAAACUGGAGGAAAUGCGGUUAACUGCUUGUUAUGAACCACUGCUAUGAUGAUGCAUUAGAAUAAUUUUGUUCCCAAAACCUAAGGCAUCCUAAUAAUGAAAUAUUUUCACUCUACUGGGUAGAGGAGAACAGAGUCACAGUACCUAAUUUUGUACUACAAAAUCUCCUACAGACACCUGUAAUGUAAUAAGCAGGUUGAAAACCUUUGGCAGUAGAGGUUGGUUUAUAUGAGCCUUAAACCUUAAAAAGAAAAUAAAGCAAUUUCUAAUAAUCACUCUACUUCUACUAUCGCUUUAUUAAGUUCAUUGUAAUAUCACCUUAACUUUGAAGUAUUAGUGACAAUGUACACUACUUUAGACAUAUAUUGUGAACUCUAUUGAUGAAUUCAGUUAUUUUCUUUGUUCAUGUUGCUAAUAAACCCCCAAAGCAGC